UACAUAUAUGUAUGCAUAUACUUUUAACGAAGUGGUUCAAAUUUCUCAACUCGCUUCAUGGAAUGAAGUCAUCCUUGCCAUAAGUAGCUUGAAUAACAUCGCGUCAAGUGUUUUCUCGGGUAACGGAGCAGAAGUGUGAGAAAAAAUAGUAGUGCGGUGCUCCCCAUAGUUGGUGGAAUCCUGAAGUGAUCCACUUUCACCCGAUCGAUCUCCGUCCUCAUCUGGAAAGUGCAACACAAACACGAUGCGAAAAGAUCUGUGAUCUUAAAAGUCAAAAGUCAAAGCUGGGUGCAAGAGUCGCAUGGAUUCAUAACUCGUAGAACUUAUCCCCUCCGCUAUUAUUAUACUCACCUUGAAUCCGUCUGAAAGAGAUUGGAUAAAGUACAUUAUACUCCAUUGUGGAGCAAUUAGUGAAUUAAUAAACGUGGGAUCGUGGUACUUUUUGCAGUGCAGUUAUGCAUGGAAGAAAGACGAAAAUGAGGUUUUAUACAACCAAUACGUCUUCCAUACUCAAGUGUUCAAAUUCUUUCAUCUCAGCGUUGCUGUGUUUGCAGUUACUACUUGUAGAUUUUACACAAGGAAGCACACUCCACAUUCCCAUUCAGCUUCAAAAACAUUUAAGCUGUUUUGAUGGAUUAACCGUAUUUCUCAGUGUGAGUGCAAUUGCAGGAUCUAAGAAUGGAGUAUUGCAAGAUCGUUUGAUUGAGAUAAACUGGAAUCAUGCAGACCCGGAAGCACAAGACUGGGUAGGAUUAUUUGAUCAUGAUCCCGGACAAGGAAUCUCCGAUCCACUGGAAGCUGUAAAUGUCACAUUAACCCGAGGGUACAUCAAGACUGAUUUUAGAUUGGAUAGACCUUCUCUAAACACGUCCUCCAGUAUUUGUGUGGGUUAUUGGAUCGCGUAUAUACGAAAAAGCCAAAUCUUGCAAAUUAAUUGUUUAUCAACAUAUCCGAAAUGGAUGUAUGAAAUGAGGAACACAAUCGGAGAUACGCCACUCCACUCGUUGAUGAUACCAGGAACACAUAAUAGUGGAUCGUGGAAAGAAUUCGAAGGAGAGACAGACGUGUUUCAGAGAUACUUGGUGAAUCAAGAUGAGUCAGUGUAUAGUCAACUGGUGUACGGAAUUCGCUACCUUGAUAUUCGCGUAGGAUAUUAUCCUUCAUACCCAGAAAAGCUUUGGGUGAAUCAUAAUUUUUAUAGGAUGAGACCUUUGUCUGAGAUCGUAAAGGAUGUCGCAAGAUUUGUGGAAGAAACUAAUGAAAUUGUGGUGAUGGACUUUCACCGAUUUCCUGUCGGCUUUACAAGUCAGGAUAGGCAUGCCAAAUUGGCAGAAUUUUUAGUUUCUGAACUAGGGAAACACAUUGCUCCCAGAACUCUGUCCCCAAAUGCGACGCCAAACGAUUUGUGGUCAAUUGGUCGUACUGUAAUCAUUGCAUAUUCGGAACUCAAAGUCGUCCACUCUUACAACUUUUUGUGGCCACCACUGCCCCAGGAAUGGGGGGACAAACGACGGCUGCCUGAUUUAAAGGGAUUUUUAAGUGACGCAUUACAACGACGAUCCAAACGUGGGCAAAUGUGGAGUGCGAUGGCAGAAUUUACCCCAAAAACAAUCGACAUAGUGUUAAGGCCAACUUCUGGGCUUCGCAACCUUGCACAAGUAGUUAACAUACCAAUGACGUAUUGGUUUCAAGAGAAAGACUGGUACCCGAAAACAAGUAUUGUAGCAACAGACUUUUUCAUGGGGAAUAAUAUAAUUCAGACAAGUAUUAUCUCUAAUUUCAAGGGUAAUAAUUGUACAACCUAGAUUGAUUAAUGCCUAAAUAAUUAAUAUAUGCGGAAAUUAUGUUGUCUUUCGAACCUAAUAUAUGUACUGAUUAAUGAUCCAAAUCUUUUAUUAUCGGUAAUUUUUAAAUAAUGAUCACGAGUAUACAAUAUAAUAGCAACUUAGUUUUACUCACACUUUUUAGUUUAAUGACAAAGAAAGAAUCGUAAGUAUGUAUGUCGUCUGAAAUAAUAUUACGAGUCAUGCUCGAGUAAGUCCGGCUAAGUGAAAUAAUUUUUUAUAAUAAUAAAGAUACUUGUUAUUCAAUCA